UUGUGUAGAUAUUCAAUUUCUGGUGGAAAUGUAUUCAACGGUUUUCAUCUAUACUCCUCCAUCUGAAUCCAGCCAAGGGGGUAAGGGCUGCGACUGCUGGCGGCCAGAUAAGAUCGAUUGUCGGGACACGAAGAGGGAGAGUCAGGAGUAUGUUGAUUUGGACUUGGAUGACAUUGCCAACAGUGUGAUGCACGUGAUGCGCAUCUGUCGACUGCAUGCCUGGGAGGUGAAGCGCACCAGGGAUGCGAUCAAGCGAUCCUUCAGGCACUACGAGGAGAUACGCUACAGAAUUGAUCGUGUGCCGAGGAAGCGAUUCAACAAGGAGAACUUCCUGCAUGAUGUGGCCGUAGAGGCGGGCAUGGUACGCAUGGACGGACAACUGGCCUACGGCAUUGUGAAGCGUGCCUUCCGGGCCUAUUACCACGGCACGGGCGAGGGGGGCAGACGGGUGGAGUCGUUCGCCAAGCAGAUGCGGCAUCGAGCCGAGUGCCUUUGGCUGCAUGCCGCCAAGCGGACGGCGAUGAUCUUUGCGGUCUAUGCGGGUCUCAUGUACACGGAGCAAAUGCAAUAUGAGCAGUGCAUCGAGUGUAUCUACUUGAGUCUGUUCAAGGAGCUGGAGUCUCGCUUCAAAUUCGAGACAUCCGAGCCGCGUGUCUGUCAGUGUAAGCCGGAAGAUAAUAAUCGAGUGGAGAGCGUGUGGGAUGCGUUGUCCGGCACCACAAUGAUGAGUGCAACCACCAAUAUAACCACCGAACUGUUCUUCAACAAGCACACAUUCGAGGUCAGCAAUCCGACCUCAGCGGUAUCCAUUAAACUGAACUACACGGUGGUAUCCAUGGAGCACACGGCCCCCCGCUCCGAGGAGCAGGUGCAGCCCAAGGCGCCACUUACUAAGUCCUCCAAUUACACUUUAAAGUCCGCCUCCAUAUCGAACAUAUCAAAGAAGUCCAAGAAGAAGAAGCCAAAGUCCAGGAAGAAGAAGAAGAAGAAGCGAGACACCAAAUGCAACUGUCCAAGUCUGCAGUGCAUCGAGGAGCGACCACCGCCGGUUAUCACCGCCGAGUGCAGUCAAGGACCCUAUGUCUGCCGCUGGAUACCCUACGAGGAGACCUUCCCCGCCCACUGUGUGCCCUGCCCGCCCAUGGAGGACAUCUGUCCGCCGUGCGACCAUGACCCACGACCCUGCGACCGUGAGUGCACCUGCACCUGUGACGUCUGCACCUGUCCGCCCGCCGACGAGUUCGUGGAGGAGGAGCAUGUCGAGAAGCUCUCGGGAUCCGGCUUGGAGGAUCGCGACACAGACUUCUGCUGGCUGGCGCCAUUCCGUGACGGGCCUAGGGUUGAGAGGGCAUUGGAAUCAUCCGAGGAUGAGGAAGAACUGGGCAAUGAAGAGGAGCCCUUCCAAUGCCGCUGCACCUGUGAAUAUAAGCAGCGUGCUUUUCCACAUCUCUUUACCUAUCUGGCGCCAUUCAAGCCAGAGCCAAAGGCUCCAGAGGAGGAAGUACCUGUUGAGGAACCAGCCAAACCCAGAAAGCCGCCUUGUGGCAUCUCUUGGGAAACCUAUCAGUGCUGGAUGGAGCCUAUCAAAGUAGAAGACGAGGACUCGGAGCCGCUCUGUAGAACUUGCCCUCAUAUCACAGCGUUAGACGCUGCCCUAAAUCCCCGUGAGCUUCCCAAAGAGGAAAGCAUGGACGUGGAUGUCGAUGUGGAAAACCAACACUUUCCAUCAAAUGGAAAUACCUCUGGCAAGGAGCAAAGACGUAGUAAGGCGGGAAAGUCCUCGAAUGCCGACUCACAUCUGAAGGAAGCACCUUUUUAAAAAUUCUCUGACAACUCUAAAGCCCAGGGUAAGGAGGGUCAAUCAAGCAGUGCCCAGACAUCCAAGUUGCCUGAACCAAAGCAAAAAACUCCUCCAGCCGCUGCAGCAGAAGCUUCUGCUCCUGACAGUGCUCAAAGACCAAGUGACGACCAUUUAACCAAGGAAGAUAUCGCAAAGAUGUUGGGUUUAAGCAAGUAGACAAUAAAAAUGUUAAUAGGUGAAAACUCUAAAAUAUCAUUGCAGAAUGUGUAACAUAUAUUUGAAAAAAUAUAUAAUAGAGUGUCUAAUUUUUGGGUUAUCCUCGAAUUUUGGAUAGGUUUGCAAUUUGAAAUUUUAUAAGUAGCCAUUCUUAGUGGAGUUAAAAUAUCCUUGUCUUCAAUU